CGCGACAAGGUUUCUUUUUCUCCGUUCUGUUUCAGAGUUGAUCGUUUCUUGUUUUGGUUAGAAUGGCCAGGACCAAGCAGACCGCCCGUAAAUCCACCGGUGGCAAAGCCCCUCGUAAGCAGCUGGCCACUAAAGCUGCCCGGAAGAGCGCUCCUGCCACUGGGGGAGUGAAGAAGCCUCAUCGUUAUCGCCCUGGCACUGUGGCCCUGCGAGAGAUCCGCCGCUACCAGAAAUCUACUGAGCUGCUCAUUCGCAAGCUGCCCUUCCAGCGCCUGGUGCGUGAAAUCGCCCAGGACUUCAAGACUGACUUGCGCUUCCAGAGCUCGGCCGUUAUGGCCCUACAGGAGGCGAGCGAAGCCUACUUGGUGGGGCUCUUUGAGGAUACCAAUCUGUGCGCUAUUCAUGCCAAGAGAGUCACCAUCAUGCCGAAGGACAUCCAGUUAGCCCGGCGUAUUCGAGGCGAGAGAGCUUAAAGGCUGCUCAGCCAUCUUCCAAAUGACCCAAAGGCUCUUUUAAGAGCCACUAAAUUUACACUUAAAGGAGUUGUGGCACGCCUAUAAUUUAAGCGUUCUGAGGUCGCACAGCAUUGCAGGUAAACAGCUUUCUAAUUUAGUCCGAGUGGUGUUCUCCAGUCCUUCAGUAAAAUGCAUUUAUUCCCUAUUAAUGUUUAAAGAAAAACUGCCAAAUCGAAAGUUACUAUUUAAAACUUUAGCUUCAAGUUCUUUUCCCACUUUGAGGUGAUUAUGUGACAAACUCUAGAAAUAUUUUAUAAAAAUUCACUUGCAAUUCGAAGAACAAAAGUGGUAGACUUCUGCAGGCUGCUGUAGGUGGCGGUAGUCAAAGGAUUUUUAAUUUUACUUGUAAUUAGAUUGAUCACGUGGAAACCUUGUAUUUUCAAUCUGAUUAAAAGUAACCUGUAAACAAGCCGCCUAUGAAUUAUUUUGGAUUAGGGUAUGUGAAUGAUGAGCAGGAUGCUUGAACAACCCCUUUGUAAAAUACAAGCCAAUCUAAUUGGAAACUAAACACAAAUGCGAUCUUUUUAGAGGAGGGAUGGAAGAUGCGAGACAAGGAAAGCGACAUUAUUGUGUCCUGUUCUCCUUAACGCCGCAUAUUAAGCCUAGUAGAUUCUUUUGCUAGAAGAUGUACAAAAUGAAGCUGUAGACACCGAAACGUAAUCCUUUCAUUUAUUGCAAGUAAUUACCGUUUAAGAACUCUUUCAGUCUUUCAUCAAUUUAAGGCAGGACUGAAGGAAAUUAGAGAGAUCCUUCAUGAGGGCGCAGUGCCCCACAGUCUCAGAGGGGAGAAUUACUGAAGGUUAGUUGUGCCGCCCUCUAAAUAAUCGCAAAUUAAAACAAAAUAUGAGGAUCGAGAGAGGUUUCAGCCCAUUCUGUGGGUUAGCCAUUAUCCUCGCCCCUUUAUCUCCGGGGAUUUGUGUGCGUGAUGGUUGUUCAGCAGUUAAGAGAAAGAGAACAGGGAUGACUUUGAUUUAAUAAAUUGGUCGUUUUGAAAGAAAAAUAGCGAGACAUGGAGCCUCUGAUAUAAUAGAAGAAAUAAAUAUGCACCGAGAUGGCAGAAAAGGGAAGGCGGUUUUAUAGACUGGGGGGGGGGGUAGAAAAACACGGUACUGGGAUGGUUCUAGGAUCCUCUGUUUCAGGAAACCAGCCAGCUGGUGACGACCGAUUCCAUUCUGUGCUUCCAGAGUUCAGCCGUUAUGGGCCGAUAGGGGGCCAGCGAAACCUACUUGGCGCGGUUCUCUGAAGAUAACUUUAACCAGUGCGCUAUUCGCGCCAAGGGAGUCACCAUCCUGCCCAAGGACACCCAGUUACGUCCGUAGUGAGAGGGUUUACAGGCUGCUCAGCAUAGCCAUCUUCUGCAAUGUCCAAACGACCCAAAGGCUCUUUUAAAAGCCACUGUAUUCGCACUGAAAGGAUCUGUAACACCCCCAUAAUUUGUAACAUUUGUUAAUGUUUAUAUUUGUUCUUAUAUUAACAGCCCUAAAUAGUAAGAUUAUUCAGAUAAACUAGAACGGGAGGAGAGAAAACAUUUGAGUUUUAGCUACACGAAUUUAAAUGAUAGAAACAAAGAGGCAAACCAAUUAUCCUUCAGGCAGAUAGAAUGUAUAAAUUUUGAAUAUGCAGAUAAGGAUGAUAUUCAUAGAGCCAAAACUUUAUUCGAACCUCUAGAAAUAUUCUUCAAUUAGAGAACUGAACAGUGUAAUCUGAGAAAAUAUCAAAUUUUAUUUAUGGGACAAACUGUUUAGCCAUUUUAUAUCUAGUGGGGGUGACACCUCACCGACUAUUGCUUGGAAGGGGGGGAAACGAGGACGAGGGACACCGACAUUUUUCAUUACAAUUUGAAACCCCGAUAUAGUUUAAAUGGACUUAAUGCCAUUUACUAAAGCAAAAUCAAUCCCCACCCCCUCUCGAUAUAGUGAACAUGCACAAUCUUAAACAAAAAUGCUUUCACAAGUCGCCGGAGACUAAAGCACUUUU